AUGCCGUCCGAGAAGAGCUUCAAACAGAGGCGGACCCUGGAGCAAAGAGUGGAGGAUGUGAGGAUCAUCCGAGAGCAACAUCCCACCAAAAUCCCGGUCAUUAUCGAGAGGUACAAGGGGGAAAAGCAGCUUCCGGUGUUGGAUAAAACCAAAUUCCUUGUUCCUGAUCACGUCAACAUGAGUGAGCUCAUCAAAAUCAUCCGGCGACGCCUGCAGCUGAACGCCAACCAAGCGUUCUUCCUCCUCGUGAACGGUCACAGCAUGGUGAGUGUAUCCACGCCAAUCUCUGAGGUGUAUGAGCGUGAAAAGGACGAAGAUGGCUUCCUCUACAUGGUCUAUGCUUCACAGGAGACGUUCGGCAUGAAAGACGCAUAA